UUUAGUCAAGGUAACACAUACACUACUUUACGAGACUGUGGCCACAGUUUUGAAAGCCUUUUUAACCACAUAUCAUGUGUAGUCAAAUCUGUUUAAUCUGUGUUUAUGCGAACAUUUCAUUGGGUUUAUGUUUGUUUUUCCCAUUUCUUCAGAAUGCGCUCAAGAGUUAAUCGAGAAUGUGGAUUUCCCGGGAUCAGAUAUAACUUUUCUCUACUCUCCGGAUGCAAGGCACUGUCAGCAGCUGUGCACUGAGCACCCCUCCUGUCUCUUCUUUACCUUUGUUCGACAAGACUGGACCAGAGAUAACAGGAACUUCUACUGCUACCUCAAGUCCACUCCCUCUCUAAAGCCCAAAGUCCGGACUCCACUACAGGGUCUAACUUCGGGCUUUUCUCUCAAAAACUGCCCCUCAGAGCUGGAACAACCUUGUCGGUCUCAGCUGUACAAGAAUGUGGACUUCCUGGGGGCAGACUACAAACAGUUGUUCACCUCCAGUGAUGAAGAGUGUCACAGGGUCUGCACGCAGGAUCCUCACUGUCGGUUCUUUACUUUUGUAAAUGACGCCUUCAGACCUUCAUCCAUAAGGUAUAACUGGGUGCCUGAUCUGGAGGCAGAGUUUGUCAGUGGUCAAGAUAACCUCAGUGAUGAUGGCGAGCUCCGGGUUGAGCUCCGUCACCACGGAGCACGCAAGCUAACAGCUCCAGCUCCCACUGCGGGGCUGCGCUGGGGCUCUCGCGGCCCUAUUAACUCGCGAGCUAACGCUAGCCUGGGAGCUGGUCUAGCGUUAGCUCGCGAGCUAACCGGGGCUGUGGAGCCGGGCCGUCUCUCCCCGGAGCCAGGCUUCGGCCCACCUGACUGCAAAGGGACUAAAACCAGCUUCGUACCUCAUUCCGCUUGGCGAGGGGUGUUAAACGAGGAUAAACCGUCCGUAAGAUGGAGAAACCGUACAGCUGGCGUCCUGUCCGGUGUUUACGAGGCUCGGACCGGAAGCAAGAGAUUUGGUGUGUCUAUUAAAUCUGUCCACUCCGUGAGAGCUACAGGCAUUUACGCAAGUUUAACAUCUCUGUUCUUUCCCAGAUACAAAUGUCACCUUAAACACAGCUGGUCGGUCCCGAGGACUCCUGUUAUAAAGAGACAGGUUGGAGCAGUAUCAGGAUUCUCCCACAAGCUGCAAAUAACUCAACACUUUGGACCAGUUUGCCAAGGAAAGCUUCUCUUAAACACUGACAUCCCAGGACACGACAUUGACAAGCUGCCUGCCGCCUCUGCUGAACACUGUCAGGCUCUUUGCAGUGAUAAACCACGCUGUACAUAUUUCUCUUAUAACAGUGAUAACUUCCAAUGUUACUUGAAGGGAAAUCGAGCUGUAAUGGUGACCAGAGCCAAAGUGGGAUUCACAUCUGGGAUACCGGUGCACUUCUGCCAGAUGGAUGACAGUUGGCUUCAAGUGUCUCAUCAAGGAGUCAGUUUCGAAGGUUCUGACUUUCGCUCUGAGUUGAUGGAUGAUCCAGACACGUGUCAGAGGACCUGUACUACAGAUCCUCUUUGCCAGUUCUACACCUACUUCAAUAAAUCCUACUCCAACCCUGAUUUAAGGCGCCGCUGUUAUCUCAAGCGUGUCAUCACAGCACCUGCUCCUCCCAAAGUCGAUAAAUAUAAGAAUCUCAUUUCCGGAUUCUCCCUGAAGAACUCUGAGACCCUGGAGUGGCCUAGGCAGUUUUGGCCGUUGCUUUUACAAUGUGUGUUCACGGGAAAGGCCCAGGAUGCCUACGCGUCUUUGGAGUCUGGUAUGAGCCUGAAUUAUGAUCAUGUCAAAGAGGCGGUGCUGAGGGCCUACGAGUUAAUGCCCGAGGAAUAUCGCCAGAGGGACAGUUAUGAUAAGCCACAGUCCUCCCUGGGUCGCAGCUUCUCUGCGCCCAGGCCCCCUGUGACGCAGAAGUCUCCGGAGCUUGAUGAUGUGUUUUUGCCUUUCGUCAUGAAGGGGGCGGUCUCGCUGACUGCGGGAGGCCCGAAAGUCCCUGUCGUUAUUCUGAGGGACAGUGCAGCCUCUCAGUCGGUCAUUUUGAGUGGAGUGUUGCCUCUGUCUGAGAAAUCUUCAACCGACUCGGCUGCGUUAGUCCGUGGGUUUGGGAUGCAGUUUGUGGGGAUUCCUUUGCACACCAUUCACCUGGACUCGGAGUUGGUUACGGGGCCUGUUAUUGUCGGUGUCAGUGAUGAGUUUCCUGUCGGGGGGGUGUCUUUCAUCCUGGGGAACGAUUUAGCGGGGGGGAAGGUCCUGCUUAAUCCUGAAAACUUCAUCUUAUUGGUCCCUCAAAACGUCGAGUGCCACAUUGGUAUGUUACCUGUGUGUUUUACAGUUUGCCAAGGAAAGCUUCUCUUAAACACUGACAUCCCAGGACACGACAUUGACAAGCUGCCUGCCGCCUCUGCUGAACACUGUCAGGCUCUUUGCAGUGAUAAACCACGCUGUACAUAUUUCUCUUAUAACAGUGAUAACUUCCAAUGUUACUUGAAGGGAAAUCGAGAUGCAAUGGUGACAAGAGCCAAAGUGGGAUUCACAUCUGGGAUACCGGUGCACUUCUGCCAGAUGGAUGACAGUUGGCUUCAAGUGUCUCAUCAAGGAGUCAGUUUCGAAGGUUCUGACUUUCGCUCUGAGUUGAUGGAUGAUCCAGACACGUGUCAGAGGACCUGUACUACAGAUCCUCUUUGCCAGUUCUACACCUACUUCAAUAAAUCCUACUCCAACCCUGAUUUCAGGCGCCGCUGUUAUCUCAAGCGUGUCAUCACAGCACCUGCUCCUCCCAAAGUGAAAAAAUAUAAGAAUCUCGUUUCCGGAUUCUCCCUGAAGAACUGUGUGUAGAGACACACACAUACACACGUUCCUUAUCCUCAUUCAGGCUGGAACGCCACAUCUGUCUUCACAGCCACACUUCAUGCCUCACUUUGGAUUGUUGGCUGGUCCUCACAUGAUCAGUUGUUUGUCAUUUAAAAUGCAGAUGAUUGUUUUUGUGUUGUAACAUGAUAAAUAAAACUUUCAAUGAAAUAA